UUUUGUAAAACUUCUCCUUCUAUUUUAAUAUUAUUUUCUUUAUUUUUGUAAGUUUCUUCACAUAAAGCUGUGUUGUGUUUUUCUCUGCAGUGAAAACAUUUAAUUGGUUUUUUACAAUUUCCUUCAUGUUCGGGUUUUAUGCAAAAUAAACAUCUCUUUAGUUCGAUUAAUUUCUUGCGUCGAUCUUUAGCGGAGUUAAUUUUUCGACAUUCAUCUCCCCAGUGGUUUUUCUUUCCGCAAAAUAUACAAGGGUAUAUUGGUGAACGUCUCCCCCCUUCAAUUUUGUUUUUAUGUUUUUCCUUCUUAUUUUUUACUUCAACAUUAGCAAGAGUUCUAUUUAAUUCUUUUUCUUUAUUUUUGUUUAAAUUUUUUGGUUCACUUCUAUUUCCACUUUUUUCAGGUAUUUUUCCAUGA